UUGCCCUCCGUGAACCUAAAUAUGUUUUUCCAAGUAUAAAUCAGACUCAGACUCCCAGCAUCUACUUCCAGCAUUAGCAUAUGGUUUCUUCCCACCGCCACUGAACCACUUUCUUUCACCUCUCUCAACUGUCAACUUCUCCUUCACCUUUCUUGAUUCUUCCCACCACAACAAUUCCUUUUUGCCAUCUGUCACAAAUUUUCUGGAGAAAGUCAUCAUCCAUCCAUCAUUGCUGCUUCACUUCACAUUCUUGUUUCUUGAAUCAAUUUCUUGUUCCCAAUGGGAAUUUUACACACCUUAUCCUUGUUAUUUAUCACAACACCACUACUCUUAUUAUUACUUGAAGAAAAUGUUAGUAAUGUGGAAGCAAGGGAUCAUCAUCAUUUUGGGAAGAAGCAAAAGAUUAAAAAUUCACCCAAACUCUCCCCUGCUUAUUCUCCUGCCCCUGCCCCUUCCCCUCGCUAUCCUCCCUCCAUUCCUUCUGACCCCAGCUAUGGCCCCACUCCAACCGACUACAAUUCGACCAGAAACUGCAUUUUCGAUGUCACAGAUUUUGGGGCAAUUGGAGAUGGAGCCACUGACGACACUGCCGCCUUCAGGUCUGCUUGGAAGGCUGCGUGUCAAGUGGAAAACGGUGUAGUUUUCGCUCCUUCUGACCUCGUUUUCAUGAUCACUUCUACAAUUUUUUCUGGGCCCUGUCAGCCGGGACUUGUCUUGCAGGUGGAUGGGGUGCUAAUGCCGCCUGACGGACCGGAUUGCUGGCCCAAAUCAGAUAGCAAUAAGCAGUGGCUUGUGUUUUAUCGGCUGGAUGACAUGACUUUGACUGGCACUGGAACCAUUGAAGGGAACGGCCAGAAGUGGUGGGAUCUCCCCUGCAAACCUCACAGGGGUCCCAAUGGAUCAACAUUGCCCGGACCAUGUGACAGUCCUGCGCUUAUUCGAUUUUUUAUGAGCUCCAACUUGGUGGUGAGUGGUUUGCGCAUUCAAAACAGCCCCCAAUUCCACAUGAAAUUUGAUGGCUGCCAAGGCGUACUGAUCGACAAGCUAUCCAUCUCGUCGCCUAAGUUGAGCCCCAAUACAGAUGGAAUUCACAUUGAGAACACAAAAUCUGUUGGCAUAUACAAUUCUGUUAUAGGCAAUGGGGAUGAUUGCAUUUCAAUAGGAACAGGUUGCUCAGAUGUCGAUAUAGAAGCCGUCACUUGUGGGCCUAGUCACGGGAUCAGCAUAGGGAGCCUCGGCGUUCAACAUUCCCAUGCAUGUGUUUCCAACAUAACAGUGCGCAACGCAUUUAUAAGGGACUCAGACAACGGACUGAGGAUCAAGACGUGGCAAGGUGGGACGGGGUCGGUGACUGGGAUAUCCUUUGAGAACAUUCAGAUGGAAAAUGUGAGAAACUGUGUCAUCAUCGAUCAGUACUAUUGCUUGACAAAGGCGUGUCGCAAUGAAACCUCAGCAGUUUACCUGUCCGAUGUGACCUACAGAAACAUAAAGGGCACCUAUGAUGUGAGGAGCCCUCCAAUACACUUUGCAUGUAGUGACACCGUUGCCUGCACAAAUAUUACAAUGUCGGAAGUAGAGCUUUUACCAUAUGAAGGUGUAUUGGUAGACGACCCUUUUUGUUGGAAUGCAUAUGGCCUACAGGAGACUCUCACUAUACCUCCAAUCGACUGUUUGCAAGAUGGGAUGCCCCUGUCCCUGGCUGAGAAUUCCUCAUAUGCCUGCUAGAAUACUUGGAUUCAGACUUUUGGUAUUUAUAAUAAUAUAGUAUACUAUAAUGUAUUAGCCAGCCAGCAGUAUACUGUAUAGUUAAUAUUGGUGAUUUUGUUCAAUUCUGCUAGUAUUUUAAGGGUUGCACGGUUAGGAUUCAUGUCAUCAUUCAUCCCUUUGAGAUAUGUUACUUUCCCUUAUCGUGUGAUGUGAUCAUAUAUUAGAUGAUA